AAUCUCUGAGACUCUCUCAGUGAUUCAGACAGAGAGAGAGAGAGAGAGAGAGAGAGAGAGUGUGUGUGUGUGGAAGAGGGAGACAGAGAGAAGAAAGAUGGAGCAACAACAUCAGCUGGGGCAGAACGAGCAAGACCAGGAGCAUGACGUGUAUGGUGGAGAAAUACCUGACGAAGGAGAGAUGGAAGCUGAUGUCGACAUGUCUGCUGCCGAUAACGAAGAUGAUCCUAAUUCCAAGGAGAACCUGGAGGAAAUGAAGAAGAGGCUUAAGGAGAUCGAAGAAGAAGCAGGUGCUCUUCGUGAGAUGCAGGCCAAAGUCGAGAAGGAGAUGGGCGCCGUUCAAGAUCCCUCUAGCGCUACUGCAACGCAGGCUGAAAAGGAGGAGGUGGAUUCACGCUCAAUAUAUGUUGGUAACGUAGACUAUGCAUGUACUCCUGAGGAAGUCCAGCAGCAUUUCCAGUCUUGUGGAACGGUAAACAGAGUCACAAUUUUGACAGACAAGUUUGGUCAGCCGAAGGGAUUUGCUUAUGUUGAAUUUGUCGAAGUAGAUGCAGUUCAAAAUGCUCUUCUCUUGAACGAGUCAGAGUUGCAUGGACGUCAGUUAAAGGUAUCUGCCAAGCGUACAAACGUUCCUGGAAUGAAACAAUUUAGAGGGAGGCGGCCUAACCCAUAUCUUGGUUUUCGAGGCCGAAGGCCCUUCAUGCCUGGUCCCCCUGUCUUUGCUCCAUAUGGAUAUGGCAAGGUUCCAAGGUUCAGGCGGCCUAUGCGAUACAGGCCAUACUAUUGAUGGGUUUGCAUUAGCUUGCCAUGGCCAGAUGCUGGGUUUGGUGAUGUGGCACAUAAAGAUUGACGAGCCAACUUGAUAUUUCUAAAUCUUCAGUUAUUCGAAGACAGAUUGUACACACAUCCUGUUCGUUUGUCCAUGGAUGUUGGAUGUGAGAGACUGGCAGCUGGUGGUGAUGCUCAUCAAAUUCAGAUAUUUUCAAUUAAUUCUUGUAACUCUACAAUUUGCAAUUCUAGGUCACAUGAUUUCUGAAAAUAUUGUGAAUUACUCACUGCUGCUCUAUGCGCAAGUUCUUGUUAGGAGGUUGGAUUUAUUGAUAGCAGGUUGUUUCUUGGGAUUCAACAUUAACAAGUUGCCUCUGGAAGGUAGAGAUCUGGUGGUUUUGUUGCACAGGUAAAAUUUUGAUGAUGUUGGGAAAUAUCUUUUAUGCA